GACCAGUUUCUCGCCCCUCUCUAUGUUAACAGUUUUCCUUCUCCAGGACUCGGGCUGACGCCUAGCAGAGCUGGGGUACUGCGCAUUGUGCAGUAGGGCAACGGCGACGCAAGCCUUGCCCCAGUAGGCACCGCUAUGUCUUGCAGUCGUCACUACACUGCGCCAGUGUCCAACAACUACGCAAGGAUUCGGCAUUCUUGGCUCCACACACAGCGCCGUCCUCUAGGAGGCCUAAGAACCCGGGAAGACCGGCGCAGACAGACCAUCUCACAGCGAAGCCAGGCGCCUGAUGCUACCCAGCAGGCUGUGCCUACAACUCCCAUCAUGCUCCACGGAUGACUGCGCAGAUCCUCGCAGAAUAACCGACAGCUCAUCUUGUCACCUGUGCUCACAUUUUUCUUAAUAGAGUUCCUUGGAGUGUCCUUGGCUUUUUUCCAGAGCCUUGCAACCCCAGAAACAAAAGCACAACCGGCUGAAUCGCCAAGCUUCCCGAAGAGGUGUGGCUUCAGGACCGGAAGAAGCUCCUGUUCCCAAGGGAACACCGCGCGCCUAGGCGCCUGCUCUGCAACUGAUGCUCCGGCUGAGACAGAAGCUGCCAGGUCCCCUAACUUGUAGAGGGGGCUCUGCGCCGGACAAGGAAUCUUUCCUAUGGAGGCGUAGAGAAGUCUGAGGCACCACAUUCCCAUCCCACAGGCGGAUCGGCAAAUAUUGAAAAAUUUAACGAUACCCAGUGUUGGUAAGAAAACAAAAGAAUUGAAAGUCUCACCUACUGUUGAUAGAAAGCCCUACCCAAACUGGACGUAACCAAGCAAGCAAACAAAAACAGUGGGUUUUUUUUCAUAACUUCAAAUUAUGGAAAAAUAUGACAAUGAUCUGACUUCAGAUAAAGAUUUAGUUGGUUUGUAAAUAUUUGAAUCUCAUUAUGGGAUUGCUAGACAGACUUUCAGGCUUGCUUGGCCUGAGGAAAAAGGAGGUUCAUGUUUUGUGCCUUGGGCUAGAUAACAGUGGCAAAACAACAAUCAUUAACAAACUGAAGCCUUCCAAUGCUCAGUCUCAAGAUAUAGUUCCUACUAUCGGAUUCAGCAUAGAGAAGUUCAAGUCAUCCAGUUUGUCUUUUACAGUGUUUGAUAUGUCAGGUCAAGGGAGAUACAGAAAUCUAUGGGAACACUAUUAUAAAGAAGGACAAGCCAUUAUUUUUGUUAUUGAUAGUAGUGAUAAAUUAAGAAUGGUUGUGGCUAAAGAAGAACUUGAUACUCUUCUGAAUCAUCCAGAUAUUAAACAUCGUCGAAUUCCAAUCUUAUUCUUUGCAAACAAAAUGGAUCUUAGAGAUGCAGUGACAUCUGUAAAAGUAUCUCAAUUGCUGUGCUUAGAGAACAUCAAAGAUAAACCAUGGCAUAUUUGUGCUAGUGAUGCCAUAAAAGGAGAAGGAUUGCAAGAAGGUGUAGACUGGCUUCAAGAUCAGAUCCAAGGUGCGAAGACAUGAAAAGAUAGCAUCUGAAAUCCUCAACAGUUUUGCAUUCAAUGAAUAUGUCAAAGGCAGACUGAAUAAAUUUGUUAAAAGAUGUAUAUGUAUUCAAGAAUAUGACAUUCUCCUUGCAUUUAUGGAUUCUAAAUGAGCUUUUGAAGAACAGAGUAUAUCAAGCAUGCUAAUCUGGCCACUAAUUAUAUGAAAACUAAAUCUUCCCUCAAAAGGACUCCGUAGAUGAAAUAACUUCUUGGUAAAGGUUUAUAUUUGAUUGUAAUUAGAAUGUUUUUAAAGUGUUACAAGCCAUCUCAGUUUCCCAUUAUGAUUUAUACCGUGUUUAAUGUAAUUUUGUUUUGUAAUUGUUUUACAAAUUUAGUUUAUGGUACUACUUUUUGGCAUGAAUUGUACUAGUGUAAAAAAUUUAAAUAUUUAUAAGUGACCAUGGGUGAUUAAUAUAUAUUAAAAUUUUACUAUGUGUUACUAUCAGUAAAAAAAAUACAGUGUACCAAAUAGUGUGCUUUGUUUAUACUGAGAAGAAUAAUGCUAUGUUAAUGCUAUUUGGUGUUUUACUGUCCAGCCUUUAUACAUGGUCUGAGACUAAGUUAAACUGAAUUUAUUUAUUCAUUGUACAUUGAACAUUCCUAUAUCUACUAGUCAGGCAUGGUCGUAGGCACUAGUGAUGCAAGAUAAGAUAUUCUUUAUCUUUACAGAGCUUAAAAUAUAGAGGGAGAAUUGGAGAACCUUUUUAUACAUGUUACAUAAUUUUAUUAACUGAAUGAAAAUAUUGCAUCUUCAGAUUAAGGUAAUAAAAAUGAAUUAAUGUUUGACUUUACUAAGUAUUAUAAUUUUCUUGCUUUUUCCCUUAAAAUGCUUCUGUUAGUCAGCUUUCUGUUACUGUAAGAAAAAAAAUAGUACCUGAGAUAAUCACCUUUUAAAAAAGUUUAUUUUGGCUCACAGUUUUGGAGUUUUCAAUCUGUGGUCAGCCCCAUUGCUUUUGAGCUCUGAUGAGGUAGGAGCAUGUUGUGUAGGAAGCUACUUACCUCCCGGUAGCUGAGAAACAAAGAGAAGAAGAAAAGGGACUAGGGUCACAGUAUCCCCUUUAAUGGCAUAGCCAAAAUGAUCUAAUGUCUUUCCACUGGAAACUACUUCCUAAAGGUUUUACCUGGUCUUAAUUGUUUUCUUUGUGGCUGGGACAAAAUAUCUGACACCCACAACUCAAGGAAGAAGGGGUUUAUUUUGGCUCACAGUUUGUAGAGGUUUCAGCCACAGUCUCUGUUGGCUCCAAGGAAAGGUGAUGCUGGGAUUCAGAA